AUGCCUAAGCGACCAGCCACUUCGGGUUAUGCUCGACUUGCCCAGGCUGAAGAAGAUGACAGAGACUAUUACGAUGAAUCCGACCAAGAGCGCGACCCAUACAGUGGCCGUCCGCCGCGGACUAUAUCCUCGCCGACCCAGUUUGCCCCCAUCACCGCGCGGGCGCAGAUGCACUCGUCUGGCCCGUCAACACCUCCAGAAUACCGACGGCGGAAUAACGGUUAUACACGUCGUCGAAAGCGCAGCAAUUCCUCCGGAGUAGACAUCAAAGCCAUCAACGCUCGGCUGGAACGAUGGGCUGAGGAAAUAGCCUCCCGCUUCAAGAUCAGCAGAGGGCCCGGCAAGUCAGCGCAGGAUGAGAAGCUCGAAAUCCAUCAUACUGUCUUCCGGCCUCCAGAUGGUCUCCAGCCGUACACCGCCGAGGAACUGGAAACUGAGGAGUACGAGGCUGAACAAAGACGAAACCGCGCCGAGUUCGAGGCCAUCGUUGAGAGCGUUCGCACAGCAAUUGAGCUCGGUGUACACCCCAAAAUGAUUUCGCAAGGAAGUUCUGGUAGCUAUUUCGCGCGUAAUGCCGAAGGCAAAGUGGUUGGUGUCUUUAAGCCCAAGGACGAAGAACCCUAUGCUUCCAGAAACCCAAAGUGGACAAAGUGGUUGCAUAGAAAUCUUUUUCCUUGCUGCUUUGGUAGAGCUUGUCUUAUUCCCAAUUUAUCUUACGUUUCAGAAGCUGCUGCAUCUGUUCUUGAUGCACGAUUACGCACCAAUAUUGUUCCAUAUACAGACGUGGUUUGGCUAUCGUCAAAAUCUUUUCACUAUGAUUUUUGGGAGCGCAGAAAAGCUUGGAGUGGCCGAAGACCUUUACCCCCAAAACCCGGAAGCUUCCAAGUAUUCUUAAAGGGUUACAAGGACGCUACUUUAUUCUUACGAGAGCAUCCCUGGCCUGAUCAGAACAAUUCCGGGUUCAACACUGACGAUGCCCCUAAACGAAAGAAACGACCAUGGAAUGAGGCAUGCCGUCCGUCUGGUAUACAUUCCGAUGACGAAGAUGAAGACUACGACGAACAACGUGCACGUAUGCCAUCACCUCAAAGCGCCGACGGACAGGAAGAGCGAUUUUACUGGAGCGAAACACUCAAACAAAAUUUCCGAGAAGAGUUGGAGAAACUGGUCAUCCUAGAUUACAUCAUGCGAAACACUGACCGUGGACUGGACAAUUGGAUGAUCAGAGUGGAUUGGAAGUCGGAAGAAGUCUCCAUCGUCGCCGAGCCUCCAAAGACUAAUGGUACUGCUCAUGAUGAUGGUGAUGGUGAUCCGGCUCUACCUGCUCGUACUGUGUCUUUAGAUCAACAGAAUUCCAACCGAACUGCGCCAUUGCCGUACCGAAGACACGAAACUAUGGUUGCCACAAGCCGAACUGGUACACCUUCUCAUGCGACAGAGAAGCAAGCAACCAUCAAAGUCGGUGCUAUUGACAAUAGUUUGUCAUGGCCGUGGAAACACCCAGAUGCUUGGCGCAGUUUCCCCUUUGGUUGGCUUUUCCUACCCGUCUCCCUCAUCGGACAACCGUUUUCACAAAAGACCCGAGAUCACUUCCUUCCACUACUUACGUCAACCGCCUGGUGGAGUGGCACUCAGGCAGCUCUGCGGAGAGUCUUUAUUGAAGAUUCUGACUUCAAAGAAAGCAUGUUUGCCCGACAGAUGGCCGUCAUGAAGGGACAAGCCUGGAAUGUCGUGGAAACUCUCAAACAACCUGACCAUGGGCCUUUAGAACUUACUCGUCGCACCCGAGUAUGUGUAUGGGAUGACCUUGUAGACAUCCCCGUCGCUAUUCCCAUGAGGGGCCCAUCUACCGAAGCCCAGAGACAACGUAUGCAAGCAUCUAUGCGGGACGAAGAUGAUCAGGAAAUGGAUAUCAGUGCCGCCAUCUCUGGGAAUAGAGAGCAAGAUCGUGACUUGUUAGGUCUUGGCUCACCAAGCGGUGAACUCCCCAACCCUAAUCGAUUCGAACUAUCUCGUACUCGGGGCUCUGUUGAACUUGGUAGCAUUGGAGAGGCAUCGGAUGAUGUUGGCUACGAUCGACGUAAUAUACAUGACGAAGGCAGAGAUUUAUCCAGGAGUUGGGGUGCUCAGCCUAGUCGACCUCAGGAUUAUAAGGAGUUUACGUCUAGCGGACGUUCGGACCGCUUCAGACAUACACGGCACGGCUCAUUGGCACAACGGCGAGGCAGCAAUGCAUGGUCCUUUUCCGGAGAUGAUCUUGAAGGUGAUUUGGGCUAUGCGGCAGCCGAAGAAAUGGAAGGUCACGAACGGAAGGUUAUUGUUGAGCGUCUUGAAGCAGUCAAGAGCAAGAAUCCUAUAUUCACGUGGUGCUAAUCUACCUUUUUCUCCCUCUUUUUAUUUUCAGAUGCAUUCACCUCUUAUCUCGCAAGAUUUACUUCCUUCACUAUUCGAUUGAACGAGAGGUAAUUUUUUUACUAUUCAACCUUGACGACACUUUUUAAGAAUUGGGGCUGGAAAAGGCAUAACUGUUGUACAUAUAGACACUCUUCUAUGGUGGCUUUACUUUACCUGGUGGGCCAACUUUGCACUGUAACAUAAUAUUGAUGAAAAUGACAGAACGUUGAUGCUACUCGCACAUG